AUGGCUCGAUCGCUUCCACCGAACCUCGUGUCCCUCUUCACGCAAGCUCUUAAGAGCUACCAACUUCCCAAUGCGACUUUCCGCGUCUUGUGUUCCUUAACGCCAUCCUCCUUAUCUACACCUACCGAAUCACUAAUCCUUCAACCGCCCCAAACACCUCCGAAAGCACUUCUCGUCUUAGACUCGUCCUUCAACCCACCGACCCUCGCCCACCAAGGCAUGGCACUGUCCGCGCUUUCAGAAUGCAGAGAGCCAGGGGAGGAUAGUACCCCUAGAUCACGAGUCCUGCUCCUUCUCGCCGUCAACAACGCAGACAAAGCGCCCAAACCCGCCGCCUUCCCACAGCGUCUCGCUAUGAUGUACAUAUUCGCGCAAGACCUACUCUCCACCACCUCCACCCUCCACGAACCUCAAAACACAUGCGAAGCCGUCGACAUAGCCGUAACAACCGAACCCUACUUCCACGCAAAAAGCGCCGCAAUCGCAACAUCCGACUUCUACCACAUCCCCACAAACCCAAGCGAAGAAACCAAAGCCAUAGAACAAGUAUACCUCACAGGCUUCGACACUCUAAUCCGGAUAUUCAACCCAAAGUACUAUCCCAAUAACUCCAUGGCACAAGUCCUCAGUCCGUUCUUCGCGCGCUCGAGGCUACGUGUUACGCUGCGCACAGAUGCUGAGUGGGGCGAUGCGGUUGCGCAACAUGCGUAUUUGACGCAGCUGCGUGAUGGGCGUUUGGAGGAGGCGGGCGGGGUCUUGGAGUGGGUUUAUAGGGUUGAGAUGGUGGAAGACCGGAAGGAGGGUGAGGAGAUAGUGAGUAGUACUAAGGUGCGCGAGGCUGUGCGGAGGAGCGACUGGGUGGCUCUGAAGAAGUUGGUUAGUGAAGGCGUUGCGGAGUGGAUUCGUGGGGAGGGGCUGUAUGGGGAUGGGGAGUAG